GGCAGUGCUCCGGCGCGCACUCACAGCAGCGGAAGCGGCGGCGCAGCUGAGUUCGGCGACGGUGAUGAUGAUGAUGAUGAUGAUGGACCCGCUGGACGCGGUUCUGGACGAGGUGGCGCUGGAGGGUUUGGACGGCAUCAGCAUUCAGACCCUGUGGCUGCGGCUGCGGAGUCGACAGCCCGAGCUCGGUCUGAAUCUGGACCCGCUCAGUCAGCAGUUCAUCUGGAGCUGCUUGAUCCGAACCGCGGAGAUCCGCUUCUACCUGCUGCCGGAGAACCGGAGAGCCGUGACUCUACACGACCGGUUUGUGGAGGUGGACCGGGACACGGGGAUCCAGGAGCUGCGAGAGCUGCGUGAGGCCGAGCCGCUGGAGGUGUAUCCGGUGAGCGUGGUGACGGGUGUGGCCGGGGUCCAGGGCUCCUGUCGGCUCUUCAGAGAGCGUGUGGAUGUGAGCGAGCAGACCCGGAGCGCUGAGCUGACGCUGGAGCAGGUGCAGAGCCGGUGGGGCGAGCGGCUGGUGCUGGUGGCGUCUCAGGAGCGGCGCUAUAGAGCUCUAAUCGGAGCCGAGGGAAACCCCGAGCUCAAGCUGCCCGACCUGUGCUACUGCAUCCUGGAGAGACUGGGCCGCGCUCGCUGGCAGGGGGAGCUGCAGAGAGACCUGCACACACGCAUCUUCAGGUGACACACACACACACUAUAUACACACACACACUAUAUAUACACAC